GCGUGCGGCGUCAUGGCGCGCCUGCUCCGUGCGCUCUGGGGUUCGCCCUUUCGAGGGGCGCCCUUGCGGGCCGUGGGGGGCCCAGCGGGCAGAGGCGGCGCGGGGGCCGGUCCCGAGGACGCAGGGUCUCUCCCAAAGCAUGGGCCGUCUCUCACCAAGAGUGAAUGGCAAAAGAAGCUGACACCAGAGCAGUUCUAUGUUACGAGAGAAAAAGGAACCGAAGCGCCUUUCAGUGGGGUCUAUCUGAAUAACAAGGAAUCAGGAAUGUAUCACUGUGUGUGCUGUGACAGCCCACUCUUCAGCAGCUGCAGGCUGGUGAAUGUCUUCCACAGUUCCGAGAAAAAGUACUGCUCCGGCACCGGGUGGCCUGCCUUUUCGGAGGCGCACAGGGCGUCUGGCUCUGAUGAAAGGGACACGGGCAUCCUGAGACGUGUGGACACCUCAUUAGGAUUAACUCGCACCGAGGUUAUCUGCAAGCAGGGCCGCUUGAUUGAGUUCACAGUCUCAGGCACGGCUUUGCUCAGGAGGCUCGCCUUGCCCAAUCCAAGCUGCUGGAAUCACCCGAGGCAUCUUAAAUGUUGGGAGACAGCGCCCCGUGCUCCCAAAUCUAUUAGCGCGUCAGUCACUUUAGAACCGAACUUGAUGCCUUUUCCAGAGAAUAUGCUUCUAGGGGUCACCAGGGCUCCCCUUGAGCCCUCCCACCCCCACCCCGGAGCCUGGCUUCGCCCACAGAUGCUAGUCCGGCGGGGUCAGUCCCAGAGUAACAGACUCCCAGCACCAAGCCCUGCUACACAAAGAAGAGAACGAAAAGUCGCUGGGUCCAACCCCCAGUGGAUUUUUACAGAUAAACAACCCGAAUCCCAGCGAGACUAAACUACCUAGUGAUGGCCGUGGCACCCAAGGUUCCUGAACCUCAUGCCAGUCGCCCCCCCGCCCCGGGGGUGGUCUUUAUGGGUGGACAUUGGCUUAGGUGGUUUCUCUUGUGGAAAAAGCAAGGUGUGCGCUUUGCACAACAGUUCGGGUGUGAUCCUGAUUUCAGGCAGCGGAAUAGACUUGAGGACUUCUCAAGGCCAAGGUCAGGCCCAAGAGUCUGAGAGCUGCAGAAAAUAUGGUAGAGCUCUGUAUAAGUGGGUGGCCAUCCUGCAUGGCCUCCUUGCCCACCCUCCGCAACCUUCCCGGAGCCCGCACACCAAGGCCUGCAGCAGGGCCAGCCCUUGCUGAGGGGGAGAGGCGCCACCUCCCUGGUCAGG